CAAAAAAUUCUGUUGUUUGUGCUCUAGUCCUUUCUCUACGCUUCGAGGCAGGCAAGAUCAGGAUCGCAUCGAUCGCCUGGCCUCUCUAAUGGCAUCGCUUCAAGUCACGCAGGAGCAGGAGCGCAUCACCUCGCCUCCAAUGGCGUCGCUGCUGUGCCCACCCUACAAGGCUGUCAUGUACGACCAAUACGGCGAGCCGGACAAGGUUCUGAGGUUGGCGGAUGUUGGGCCAGUGGAGCUUGGGGCGAGGGACGUGUGCGUCAAGAUGCUGGCCGCCCCCAUCAACCCCUCCGACAUCAACAGCAUCGAGGGCGUCUACCCCAACAAGCCUACCGUUCCCGGCGCCGUCGGCGGAAUCGAGGGCGUCGGACAGGUCCAGGCCGUCGGCCCGGCUGUCACCGCCUCCCUCUCCCCUGGCGACUGGGUCAUUGCUUUCCCGCACACCGCCAUGGGAACGUGGCAAACCUACGCUGUGAAACCGCAAGAGCUGUGGCACAAGGUCCGCAACGAUGUGCCCAUGGAAUACGCCGCCACCGUCACAGUCAACCCCUUGUCAGCACUGGUGCUGCUGCAAUGCUUCACCAAACUGAAUCCUGGUGAUACCAUUGUCCAGAACGGUGCCACCAGCAUUGUUGGUCAGUGCCUUAUUCAGCUCGCUAAAGCGCAGGGAAUUCGCACCAUCAACAUCAUCAGGGACAGGCCCGGGUCCGAACAAGCCAAACACAGACUUACACAGCUUGGUGCACAUCUCGUGUUCACCGAAAGCCAGCUACGUGUAAAGAAUGUCAAGAGUUUACUGGGUACAUUACCAGAGCCAGCGUUGGGAUUUGACUGCGUUGGAGGAAACGCCGCAUCUUUGACAAUGAGGGUCUUAAGGAAAGGAGGCACCAUGGUGACGUACGGUGGGAUGUCCAAGGAACAUGUGAAUGUUUCCACUUCAUCUUUCAUUUUUAAGGAUCUAUCCUUCAAAGGGUUCUGGCUAUGGAAUUGGGUGAAUUCAGACAAGGUUGUAGAUUGCAAGAAAAUGAUAGACUACCUCUUGGACCUGGUGAAGGAAGGCAAGCUAACAUAUCAGACGGAGUUGACUCCCUUCCGUGAUUUCGGAUUGGCACUCGAUAAGGCACAAGGUAAACUGGGAGCCCAACCAAAGCAGGUUGUCAGUUUUUGGGACAAGGCUAAGUUGUAAUACAUUAAAUAUUCUGCAUGUGCGAAAGGAACGAAUUAUAGGUUUAAUUCCACCGAGAAGUAGCAUGUUGGUAUAGUAUAAUAGAAGUCUAUGUUUAUUUCAUACUAGAUGCUGUGUGAAAACUUGUUUGUAUAAUGUAAUGGAAGGGCACACUUUUUCUUCAAAAGGGGGAGUAUGAACUCAGCCUCUGUAUUAGUCGAUGUGAACAACCAUCUAUUGCAAAGUUCAUUGUAUCAGCUCAUAUUGAAUGAUCACAUAGGAUCAGCAAAUACAUGAAUGAACC